GGGGCGGGGCAAGGGGCGCGUUGGCGGGCGAGCGAGCUGCAAGAUGGCGGCCGAGGGAGACUGCGCCUCAGGGGACCGCGUGGCGCUGGCGGCAGCGACCGAGGCGGUGGCGGCGGGCUGGGUGCUGGAGCUGAGCUGCUGCCGCCUGUGCCGGCACUUCGUGGAGGGCCGAGCCGCCGAGUUCAGGCGGUGGAGGGCCGUGGCGCAGGCUGUUAUUAAUGGCUUCUCCGAAAUAGCUACACAUCAGAAAAAAAUGGUGUACCUCUGUCAGCUCUUGAUAAGAAUUGCAAACGGAAAAAAACUUGAAUGCAAUUUUGAAGAGGAUCCAAGAAUUUCACCUUUGGAAUCUGCGCUGUCUUAUUGGACUUUACUUGAGAGGGAAGAAAGUAAAUUUGAUAAGCUUCACGAAGAUAUUCGUCGCUUGAUUCAAAUUCAGGUUGUAGCAGUCUAUAUGGAAAAAAGAUAUUUUAAGGAGGCUGCUGAAGUUCUUGAAAGGAUGUUUACGGACUCGGAAUCAGAUAAGCCUUUAAGAGUGAAGCUGGCAACCAUAAUCAAAAGCAAGGAUCCAUAUAUUCCCCUUCUUCAAAGCUUCAAUUACGACCUUUUAAUAAGUAAAGUCAAGUCUUACGUCGAACGUUUCAUGAAAGAAAAUGAAAAAAACUUCUUUCUACAGGCAGCCAUGGAGCAGGUAGAGUCUAAAGGACUGGAAGCAGUAGUGUUGCAGAAUAUAACUGUGAAUGCCAGUGAAGAGGAAGAAAAUGAUUGGGAAACAACACAAAGAUUUACAGAAGAGCAACCAAGUACUACAAAUCAGUUACCUGAAGAUGCAGCAAAAUCAAGGCGUCGUUCUAUGAGGAAACUCAGAGCACGUAGCAUUCUUCAGACUCUGAACAGCUUGCAAAAUGUGGAAGAAGUUGUAGAUAGUCAGACUUCUGGCCGAAGAAGACAGCCAUGGACUCUUGAAGAAGACAAGAAACUGAAAUCAGGAGUAAGGAAGUUUGGAGUGGGCAAUUGGGCUAAAAUUCUGGUCCAUGGUGACUUCAACAACCGAACUAGUGUCAUGUUAAAAGACCGUUGGAGAACACUGUCCAAGAUCAAGUAAGACUAAUGUGGGUAAUAGGAAUCAACUCUUCUCGAGCUUUCCUUACGUAAGGAUCUUGUUCAGUUUUUCAGAGUAACUUCUGUUUGUCUCAGAGUCUCCAGCACUGUUGCUGCCCUAAAACAUGAAACAGACGUAAUGAUGACUUAAAUAUAAAGCCUGGUCUUCUAUCUACAUGCAAGAGGCAGGUUAAUUUUCGAAAUGUGAAAAUUCUUAUAGUGAUUGUGAAAUUAAUCAUACAUAGGGGUCUUAAGUAACAGGCAAUGUGUUAGCUUGAUAGAGACUUUUAAUAGAGAGUCAAGUGUUCUGUAGUUUUUAAAGGCUUGUAUCUGGAAUCAGAUGAAGCUCUUUAUCGUUUUAGUUUCUACUGUAGUCAUUCCAAUCUGUUUUCACCUCACUUUGAAAUUUCAGUCAGACUUGUCAUCUCUGUCAGUAAGUCAUACAAAAAAUAUGUAUGUAUUGUUAUUGCUAAUUUUUCUGUUUAAAAAUAUAGUACCCCAUGUAAGUUUAUGUUUAUAAAUGUUAAAGGUUCUCUGUAUGAAUCAGAGGGAAAACAUGCUGGGGUAUUUUUAUUUAUUUAUUUUUUUUUUUUUAGAAUUAAGCUUAAGUACCAGAAGGAAGAUUAUUUUGAAAUUAUUUCUAUUAGCAUAAUAGCAGUUACUAUCUUGCAGAAGAGAAUGGAAAAGAUACGGAAGUAACAGCAUGAUACUAGCUCUUAACUUCUUAUGACUAUUUUGUGCUACCUACCCUGUCUUGAGAAGUGGCAUUCUUCUGGACCAGCAGAAAAGGGGAAGCUCCUUCCUUAGAAAGCCAAAGCGGGACUCUGUUCUGGCACUGAUAGCACAGCCCAUGAAACAGGUUUUAUUUUACCUACACUCUCUGCAGCACUAGCAAGCACAGAUACCCUCUGAUGGGUAGCUGCCUGCAUCAAGGUGUCAGUUGGUUCCUGUAACUGUCCUGUUCAUGAGAGACUGUAAGAGGUGGGUGGUGGUGCUAUGCUGCCUCUUUUGCUUUGGAUUGUAUGGAAAAGAAUUCUAGGACCUCAGAAAACACACACUUCCCACUGUCAUACUAGUUUGAAUCUAGAACUUAAAUAUCACAGCAUUCUUUUAAAAGUGGAAUCUCUUCAGUUCAGGUGUUUUCUGGGUUGUUGUCCUUGGAGAUUUUACAAGAACCUAUUAAGGAAAAGCAUCCAUCUGAACUGGUCAUAAUAAAAUAAAAUUCUCAGAGGUGUUCUUCGUGGUUACAAAAGAAGAAAUACAUUCUUCAUGGCAGAAAUGUUCCUGAAGUAUUCAGAUCAUCUCUGCACUUUCUGUUUUGUAAGCCUGUUUGCAUUGAGAUUAAAUGGUUAAGUAUCGUUAGAAAGGUUUGUGUCCUACUCUUAAAUGUGGAAAGGACCUGAGACGGAUCACCUUCCUAAUUCUUGCCAACACGUUCAGGUUUCUUUUUGCAACUGUGGCACACAAUUGUUUUUAGGUUCCACAGAGAUACUGCGUGCCUUAACAGUAAACUUCUCAACCUUAAGGCAUCGUUUCUUUUUAGGACACAUAGUGAAUUUCACAAGCUUGAUAAAAUACGGAUUAUGCACUUCAGCAAGGAAUGUUAGAGCAGCUGUAAGCCAACAAUUCAAAACAAAAACAAACAUAGCAGGUGUGUGACAAGUGAGACCUGCAGUGUGCAGUCUCUUCAAUGGCUGUAAUGAUAAUUCAACACAAAUAAUAGGUAUUAAAACAAGGAUUUGAGCUACAUGCUUAGCACCCUUGCCUAUGCUCUAAUAUUGUAGGUUUCUGUGUUAAUCAUUGUACAUGAGCAAGUUUAACUACUAAGAAGUGAUUUUUUGGCUUUUAGCCAAGGCUUUAGUCAUGACUGCUUAUUCCUAGAUGCAAGAUUAAUUUUUUUUUUUUUUAGUUGUAGCAAGUGAAUUGCUGUAGCAAAAUCCUAGUCAAGGCAGCUUAAAUAAAUUACCGUUCAUUAAGGAAAUGGGUCUUUUCAAGACUGUUUGCUUCUUUGCAGAAAUCUUGUUUACAUUUGUCUGCCAUAAAAUUUACUUUGUAUAUUAGUAAUAUGAAGUCCUUAGCGAGACUACUUCCUUAAUGACACUGACUACUCUCACAUUUUUAUGAGGGUGGCUGAACAUGGAAACAGCAAUGUAGACAAAAAAUACUUACCCACUUGCAGUAUAAACAACUGUCUAGAUGAUAUUGGGAAGGAACAAAGGAUCUAAACUCAAGCCUGGCUUUAGCUCGCAAACUUUCAUUUUUAUUCACCCUUACAAUUUAAUGAUGAUAGUAACCAUUCCCAGAGCUGAGAACAUUUGGCUGGCUCACUACUGAGUAGGAUCGGUGCCUGUGAACAGGACUAUAGCCUGUAAAGAAUGAGAACCUUAGAAAAAGAAGCUACUAUGGUUAGAAACAUUAGCUCUUUAAUUACGAACAGAAACAUAGGAACUUGCUUACAGCAUUCUAGUACAAAGAUCAGUCUUAGCGUUUUGUAUUCAGGCAAAGAGCUUUGCCCAAAAUACUUCUUCCAAAAGUUUGACUCCUUUAAAGUUCAUUUAGGCUCCACAAAAUACAGCAGAAAGAUGCAGGUUUCUUGGCAUUGGUGUUAAUUUUCUUAUUUUUUGUUGUUACUAUUUUAAAGGUCUUCUAAACUUUUACGUAAAAAUAAAGCUAUGCACAAGGGGACAUGAACACUGUUCCAGUUGCCGAAUCUUCUUCCAGGUUCCUUGGCAGCGAGAGUUGCCAACUGCUUCCCAGCGUAAGAUUUUACCUCUGAAAUGUGAUAAUAAGUGAGUAAUUAAAAAUUAAUGUGUUUACAAACACACACAAAAAAAUGUUUAUUUCAUGUUAGUAGGUUGUGUUCUAUAAUGUUAUUUGAGAGUAGAUUUGCCUAACAAUGUAAUAUGUUAAUUAGUUCAAAAGCAUUUUGAAGACUAAGAUGUUUAUUAUACUUGUAGGCAUUCUAGAGCAAGCACUAAGUUCCUACGUAGGGUAUACAGGAUGAUGGGUUGAGUAAACAGUUGUAUAGGUAUUACAUAGCAUGCGUCUUAAGUGAUAGAUACAUGGAGAUAUGUAUAAAAUAUAUAGAUUAAGUAAAAACACGUUACAAAUGUUAAAUGCCUUCUUUCAAUACUAGUGUUCUAGAAACAGGGUUAUGGAUUAUGGCAGAAAACAGACUUUUUUAAGUAAGAGUGCCCAUAGCUGUAAAAAGACCUCUUGCACUACAGAAGUUGCAUUGUCCCCAUACGAUAGUAAGUAAAGCAUUCACACUGAACUUUAUAUUGCAAUUACCAAUUUUAUCAGGGUGUUAAAUACAUCAGUAUUUGAAAAUUUUGCAAAGUAUUUUACACAGCAGUUUCUGUGAAAACUGGAAUCCUUAAUUUUUUAGGUAUAAUAAGCACAGCUUUUAAUGAGACCUUAAGUCUUAAGUUCUGUAUUGGGUUUUGGUACAGAAGACUGCAAAAAAAAAACAGGUUCUCUUUACCCAUCUGCAUUAUGGCCAUCUCCAGAACAACGAUGAGUGUCAGUGUUCAUAGCUGGAGGCUGGCAAGCCACACAUACAGUAUGACCUUCUCGUAGGUACUGCAUCCAUCGAGCAUAUGGCCGAUUCUCCAAAGCACAAUAGUGUGAAAGUGAUUCAGUUUUAAAUUCCACACAGUAACUGCUCAGAAAGAAAAGUAUUGUAUUAGCUGUGAUUGCUAAAGCACAAGCUAGAUAGAAACUUCAAAUGUACUUAUAUCACACAGGUGGUUAUUUGUGAGGUACAGGUUAGACAUCCUUGUUGCUAAAAAAAAAAAAAAAAAAAGUCUGUUUCUGACCCUAACCUGAGCAAUGACAUCUUUAAAACAUUAAGCAAAUUGUUUCCCACAUUCCAUGCCACAGUCCAAUGCUUUAUGGAUUUCUCAUUUUCUGGUUGUGUUCUGUAUUCUUAAAUUAUGUUGAAAAACAGACCUCAGUAACCUGUAUUUUUUUUCUUCUAUGAGUACUAAGAGAGAAAAUGGGAGAAAAGCUUUAAGAAUACCUAUAAGCUUUACUGUUCUGGGGAGAGCAGCAUAGGGAAAAGCAUUAUGAGCAUUACAGAACCAGUGACAACCCUCUCUACUGGUAAACAAGAGAUUUUUAUUGCUUUUCUUGUCAAUGUUAAAAACAAACUCGUGAGACCAAUUGCAUCCAGCCUGUUUUGUUUGUUCAGAGAUCUAAGUCUAAUAUCUUAGGCUUACACUUAUGGAUAUUACUGAGUUUGGGUUUAGCCUUAUUUACCGUUUGCUUUCAAAAGGUUCUAUCCUCAAAUUUGCCACGACCCCAAUACUUGAUUCAGGACAAUUAACAAGUAACAAAGAACAUCUAGAAAAUGCAAAUGAACUGCAGGAGAGAAAAACAGUACAAGCUGUAGCUUGUUGAAUUACGGCAAAUUUAAUUAUAUUUUUCUUUGUAGCCAGCUGUUGGCUAUGGAACAAGAUGACCCACAUGCAUAUAUGAUAAAUAGAUUACCCAGCUUCUUCUUUGUCUGAGGACCAGGAAGAAGAUGCUGCUCGUCGUUUUCUUUCUUUACCAUAUUCAGAGGUAGUUAUGAAAGCAGGGACUGAGGAAGAAAACAGGCAGCAAGACACAGCUGAGUCAUAUUUCAACUACUGUAACAGUGGGUAAAUGAAUCAGAGCUUGUGGAUGGUGAUGCUGUCUGGCUUUAUUGGAAAAGUGAUAAAGUGUUAGCAACAUCAGGCUUCGACCUCCUUCCCUACUGCUAAAUUCUCUCCAUAUUAAGAAGAAAUAUAUCUAGCAAUGACUGCCAUCUAGUCCAUGAGGAAAUAGGAUGGGCUGGAAUCCUACAAUGACUCUGUUUCCUGUUUUGUACCAAAUCUGUGUUCUAACUGUACAGAGAUAAAUUGAUACUGCAGGGCUUAAGAAACUGAAGUAAUGUUUGCAGCUUAGUUGUUUACUUAAAUGAAUCAAGACUGAGUAGCAAAUGACAGUAGAAAACACGGUUUAAAAUUUUAUUUUUAACCAAAUAGCUGCAGAUUGUUGGUUGUUUUUUUUUUUUCUGUAUGUUUACUUCAGUGAAAACAAUGAAGGCUCUGAGGGGGACAGGUGUCCAGAUAAAGCAAAGAGAGAAUACCAUGUUCAUGUCCGCACUCCUGGCCCUGGUGAGUCAGGUAUUCCAGGCAGCCAGCCUUCUCCUCCAGAGCAGGACACGGUUCCCCACCGUUUUUAGGUUCCUGUUGUAUGUAGCGCCUGCGUAGUCGUAGGUUGGGUUUGCACUGCUCUGCACAGCCACUCCAGUGACUCCACUCCCCAACAACGCAUGGAAGAGCUGAAAAGCAAUAUUGAAAUACCACGAGUAAAGACUUCAGUUUUAUCAUAAGUGCUCUCAAAAGCUUAAGUAAUGCAACCGUGCCUGUUUUUUUUCUUUCUUACUUGCAAUUUUGAUUUUGUUUAGUCUCAAAGCAAUGCGGGGAUGUGUGCAGGGUUGUAUUUCUGUGUUUGUACUGAUACAGUUACAGAUAUUUAAAUGUUCUAAAUAAAGCGUUUAAAAGUGCAA